CUGGCCGAGAAGCGGAGGGGAGAGGCCGCGGCCCCUUCCCUAUGCCCGCAGGCCGGGCGCGAGAGCUCUGGGCGCGUUUGCCUGGCGCUAAAUUUAAAAACGUAACACGAGCAGCAGGCUGCUCCCGGAAACGAAACGAAAUCCGUCCCGCGGGCCGCCUCCCGGGCUCCGCCAGUCCCUUAGCGCGCCGCGCCACCCGGCAUACUUCCUUCUCCCGCCAUUUUCGGCGGGCUCAGAGGCUGAGGCCUGCGGCGCCCCGGAGCAGGCGGGCGGCAUGGCCGCGGGCGCGGACUGCGGGGAAGGGGCCCACACCCGGCAGCACGUGUUCCUGCUUCCAGCCCUCUCCUAUGUGCUGACCUGUGAACUCUAGCCACAUUGGUGUCUGUGGAACUCUCAGCUCCAUCUUUUCAACUCAGGGAGUGUGCCAGGCUUCACCUGGAUUCGUCCUUUCUGCAUCAUGGUCAGGAAACCCUCUUAAGGCAAAUAUUUAAGAGAUGCUUCAAAGAAGAUGAAAAAUGGGCUUAUGUUUGUAAAAUUGGUUAAUCCAUGCUCAGGCGAAGGAGCCAUGUACUUGUUCGAUAUGUGUCUACAGCAGCUGUUUGAAAUAAAAGUUUUCAAGGAAAAACACCGUUCUUGGUUUAUAAAUCAAUCAGUUCAAUCUGGAGGCCUUCUCCACUUUGUCACGCCCCUGGACCCUCUCUUUCUGCUUCUCUACUACCUCAGAAAGGCUGAGAAAGAGGGAAAGUUUCAGCCUCUAAAUCAAGUUGUGGUGGAUGACGUGUUUCCAGAUUGCAUCUUGUUGCUGAAACUUCCUGAUAUUGAGAAGGUACUUCGGCAUGUGACAGAGGAGAAAGAAAUAGGCAACAAGAAAUAUUACAAGUACAGCAGAGAAAAGACGUUAAAGUGGCUGGAAAAGAAGGUUAAUCAAACUAUUGCAGCAUUAAAAACCAAUAAGGUAAAUGUCAGUGCCCGGGUACAGUCAACUGCAUUUUUCUCUGGUGACCAGGUGUCCAGUGACAAGGAAGAGGAUUAUAUUUGUUAUGCCCAUGGCCUGAUAUCUGAUUACCUCCCUAAAGAAUUAAGUGAUGAUUUAUCUAAAUACUUAAAGCUUCCAGAACCUUCAGCUUCAUUGCCAAACCCUCCAUCAAAGAAAAUAAAGUUAUCAGAUGGGCCUGUAGAAGCAAAAGAAGAUUACACUAAGUUUAACACUAAAGAUUUGAAGACUGAAAAGAAAAAUAGCAAAAUGUCUGCAGCUCAAAAGGCUUUGGCUAAAGUUGACAAGAGUGGAAUGAAAAGUAUUGAUACCUUUUUUGGUGCAAAAAAUAAAAAAAAAACUGGAAAGAUUUGAAAUUUUGAAAAUGAAAUAUAGCAAAAAUAUUUGCUUUUUACAUGUUUCAUUUCCAUCCUUCCUCCAUGCUACUGGACUUCCUGAUCCUUAAUCACCACAUUUGGGGGGAAAAAAAGAUGCAAUUUUCAGUGACUUUCCAAAAUUCACUUGAACAUUUCUUUGUAUUUGAUUUUUGUGUUCCUGAACAAAAUAUGAGAAAGUAAUAAUGUAACUGCAUGGCUUGUGGCCUUUGGAGUAUUGUUUGGCAUAAUGAAAAGUAAUCAUGUGAGGAGAAUUUAACAUAUAAUAGCGUCCCAAUUUUCUCAAUAAAUGACCUGUACAAUAUUGGAGCAUAUGUCUGUUGUUUCAUUCAACUUUGCCACACAGUAGUGAUAGCAACGUGGCCUUCAAUAUAUUGAUAGAAACCGGAUAACAAAAUUACUACUUUUUAAAAGACUUUAGUUAUUGAUAAAUCUUUUGUUUAAUGGUAUUUUUCUGUUUUUAUGAAUUCUUUGUGGAAUUGUGUUUCUUUAUAGAAAAUAGAGAAAAUUAUAAAACAAAAAAAUGUAAU